ACGCCACAAAAAUGAUACGAGUAUUUGUGUGUUAUUUUAAGCCCCAACAAAAUCUAUUAUCCACAAACUCCCUCUUUCACCUUCCACAAAAACCAAUCAAACCACACAACAAAUCACACCAAUUUCACACACCAAAUCAUGCAUUCCGUAACCUUAAAACCGUUUACUCAAUUCAACACCGUUAAAUCAACGCACACAACACCACUUCAAUCACCUUUUGGCGCCAAAAAUCUUCCACUUAGGUUAAAUUGUGUACAUCACCGGAGAAAUUGCAGAAUAACCGCUCGUGCGGCGGAGACAGACGGCGGCGCCGGUGCCGGAGCAGAGAGUCAGAGUCAAUCGAAUUCGAGUUCGUCGUUUGCUCGGAAUCAAACUUAUGCUUUGCUGAAGCAACAAAUGGAACUUGCAGCUAAAUCUGAGGAUUAUGAAGAGGCUGCUAGGCUUCGCGAUUCGUUGAAGUUGUUUGAAGAGGAGGAGCCGGUUUUACGGCUUCGAGGUUUGAUGAAAGAAGCUAUUGCCAAUGAGAGGUUUGAGGAUGCAGCAAGAUACCGUGAUCAGAUAAAAGAAAUUGCUCCUCACUAUCUACUGAAGUGUUCAAGUGAUGCAACAACAUUGGGAAUCAGGGUUCAAGUUAGGAGUGUGUACAUUGAAGGGCGCAGUCAACCUUUGAGAGACCAAUAUUUCUUUGCAUACCGGAUACGAAUAACUAAUAAUUCAAACCGACCUGUACAACUUCUCAAGAGACACUGGAUAAUCACCAAUGCUAAUGAGAAAUCUGAGGAUGUUUGGGGUAUUGGAGUUAUCGGUGAACAACCAGUUAUACUUCCUAAUAACAGUUUCGAAUAUUCAUCAGCAUGCCCAUUAACCACUCCUAGUGGAAGAAUGGAAGGUGACUAUGAAAUGAAGCAUAUUGAUAAGGUAGGGUCAAAGACGUUUAACGUGGCUGUUGCCCCCUUUGCUCUUUCAACAUUAGGGGAUGCUACAGACAACAUUUGAAGUGUGUGUUUGUGUGUAUUCACACACACAUGAUGAUGAUGAUGCUAUUCCCUGUUCUACUUGACUUCAAAUCCUGCAGAAGUUGAUCAUGUGAAGGUAGUUAAGAUUGGCUUGUGUAUCUGGUAAAUGUCAGAUUGAAUUUUGUUGAAUAUAUGUGUAAGGAGUUGAAUGUAGAGAUAAAAUUGUAUAGCUUUUUGAAUUCCAAAGAUAUUCUGAAUUUUGCAGUUUGAAAAAUUGUGUUUUAUCAGUUGGGUUGUAUCAAUAAGAUGCUGUAGGAUGAUGCAA